GGUCAGAAGGAUCUCACUUGCUGCGCUCAGAGGACGGCCAGCAGACAGGCAGGCAGGCAGACAGACAGACAGACAGACGGCUCUCCAGCACAUCAGUGCGCGCAUGACAAGAGCAGAGGUUAUUCCAAUGGACAGAAUCUGGCAGAAUUCAUAAGAGAUAAACUGAAGGCCUUGGAUGAUACCUGUUCUUCGAUUGUAGUGCGUACUCUGCACUGUACACCAUGGCUUGUCUUCAAAGAGCUGAAGUAGCACUGCUGGGAUGUUUGUUGACGUUCCUGUACCUGAGUGUCUGCUUCUGCCAGCGUGACUGCACUGGUGUGGACUGUCCCCUGCUGGACAAAUGUAUAGAAGAAGUGCUGGAGAGUGGCACCUGUUGUGCUUCAUGCUUACAAAAAGGUUGCACAUGUGAGGGCUACCAAUACUAUGAUUGCGUCAGUGCUGGAUUCAAGAACGGCAAAGUGCCCGAGGGAGAUUCUUACUUUGUAGACUACGGCAGCACAGAGUGCUCCUGUCCUGCAGGUGGGGGGCGGAUCAGCUGCCACUUCAUCAGCUGUCCCGACAUGCCACCCAACUGCAUCGAGAUUUUAGAGCCUGCAGAUGGCUGCAUGCAGUGCGAACGUAUAGGGUGUGUCCAUGAUGGGCAAAAGUACGAGGCUGGACACUCCUUCCACAUUGAAACCUGCCGGGUCUGCCACUGCCCUAAUGAAGGCGGGGAGCUGAUGUGCUACCCUGUACCUGACUGUGAUUCGGAGAAAGUCCAUAAACCAAUGUUAGCUGUGCCCACAGUGGAGGACACAGUCAGCAGCCACUACAAGUUUGACCAUCAAGACCGUACGGAUCAGUUCUCAACACCAUACCACAUUCUACCAAAUGGUAACCUUCCUCUUUUCAAACCAUCAUCAUUUGAUAAGGAUGAAUCAGAUGACUAUGAUUAUGAUCCAACACCAGAGAGCUACCCUAAAACCCUGGCUUUCCCCACUCGGUCCCCUCCCUUCAGGAAGGUCACAUCUGUAUCUGGUGGCUCGGCCACACCUGGCAGAAACCCUGCCACUCUGAGUUUGGAAAGACAAAGCAAGUUUGAGCUGAGAGAGAGAUAUGGAGUUCAUGACCAUCCUGCAGACGAAGAGGAUGUGACAGAACCUCCCCGAACAGAACAACAAAGUACUGUCAGGUCACAUAUGCAUGAGGACACCACGACUUCUUGGCAGGCCUCUCAGGGUCUGACAAGUGCACAAAGAGUCUCAGUCAGUGAUCAAAGUCCACAGACAGACUUAGAGAAUCCAAUACAUGCACAAAGGAGUUUGGGUAGUGUCAUAUUUCCAUUAAAUCAAGGUUUAGAGAGUGAAAACCCCCCACACGAGAGUUCAGAGAGAGAGAGUCCAGUACAUAUUCAGAGAAGCUUACAGCAUAAGACACAUGACAAAAAUGCGCUGGAUAGUGUUUUACCCAGAGGUUCAAACGGUCAUAUCAAUGUUAGUCAUCCAGUCAGAAGCACAGAGAGUCCCAAAGUGUCACUCUCUCUUCACACACUGGAAAGUCCAGAGACCCCAGUCCUUUCCAGGUCAAGUUCAAAUGAUCACAUAGAAUUAGAGGGGACAGUCCAACCAGACAGUGAGGGAGGGGUGGACGCAGAGGAGAUGGAAGAGGAGGAGAAAGAAUUAGUAACUCUUCUGAGUGUCACUGAGCAGAAAAGCUACGUGGAGCCCGAAAACAUUGACCCAACCAGCAGCAACACAAAGACCACACCUGAGUUCAGCACCAUCUCCCCGAGGAGGCCAGAGGAGAACACAACACCCAUGGUCCAUUUUCUUAUGACCACCACUUCCCAGAUUCCAGUAAAGGCUGUUCUGGAUGAGGCUGAGCCCAGCAGAGAGCCACAUCUGUUUAACCUCCACAGUGAAGACAAAGAGGAGGUGAAAGAUGAAGUGAUGGAGGAGGAGAAGACACACCAGCCUGUUUCACCCAACCAACCUAAUGAAGGUCCAGGAGCCUCUGUUGAAGAGCUGCUGCAGAGCUGCUGUGCCGCUGGCCAGAAAUGGUUCAGUGAAAACAAUCACUGCAACCACAUGCCUCUGCUGACCGGUGACAGGAGUGACUCCAUGUGCAGUGUCGCACAAAACCAGUGCUGCCGCAGCUCACAGAAGGAGAGCCAGUGUGAAUUAGGAAUAACUUCAGCCAGAAGAGGAGACACAUGUGAGGUGGCUCAGGAGGAUGAGUGCGCACGUGACUCCUACCAGGUGUGCUGCAGCUGCUGUGCCCUUGGCUUAUGGAUGCGCGGUGAAGGAUGGGGCUGCGAUGCUCACCAGCACCUGGUCUACCCAUGCAGUCACGUCGCACUCACCUGCUGCGAGGAAGGCGAAGGUCCAAGUCAGGUGACACUGAAGAAAAAGCAACAACCCAGACCAUCUCCAAUGCCUAGAAAAGUCUCAGACAGCGAGUAUCCCAAGGAGGCCUUCUCCAUCAGUGCCACAGAUGAAGCUGCCAACGUGGUGGAGGAGCAGGAGGAUAUGGAUGAGUGUCAGCUGUAUGCAGGCCAGCUGUGCCAGCACAAAUGCAUCAACAUCUUGGGUUCAUACCGCUGUGAAUGCCACCGGGGCUACAUCCUGCAGCAAGAUCGACACUCCUGUGCACCAGUGAGUCCUGAUGAAGACAACAGAGUCAGAGAGGAGAGUCCAGCUGUGAUCCCAACACAAACCACCACCACCACUACAACCACCGCACACCCAGUCCGUCUCAACCCUUGUGCAGCAAAUGGUCCCUGCAGUCAGCAGUGUACAACAGUGGCAGGCCAGGCUCACUGCUCCUGCUUCCCUGGCUUCUCAUUGAUGACAGAUGGUCGCAUGUGUGAAGAUGUGGACGAGUGCGUGACCAACACCCACAGCUGUCGGCCCAGCGAGCGCUGCGUGAACACAGUGGGAUCGUUUGUAUGCGAGCUGCAGGUCACUUGUCCUACAGGCUUCCAGCUGAGUAAUAGUGUUUGUGAGGACGUUGACGAGUGUGUGCUGCAAGCCCAUAAGUGUGGUGUGGGCUCUGUGUGUGAGAACACCAUGGGCUCUUUCCUGUGUAUUCCCAAACAGAAGUGCAUCAGCGGCUUCACACAGGACUCUCAUGGAAACUGCAUUGACAUAAACGAGUGCAGCAGCCGGACUGAGCCGUGCAGCUCGGGCUUCAACUGCAUCAACACCGUGGGCUCCUUCACGUGCCAGAAGAAGAUCAUCAUGUGCAGCCAUGGAUACCACGCCAGCCCCGAUGGAGCCAAGUGUGUUGACACUGAUGAGUGUCAGAUGGGGACACACCGCUGUGGAACGGGCCAGAUCUGUCACAACCUCCCUGGCAGCUACCGCUGUGACUGUCAGACGGGCUACCAGUAUGAUGCUCUCCACAAAGUCUGCACCGACAUAAAUGAGUGCUGGCGUUACCCUGGCAGGCUGUGUGCCCAGACCUGUGAAAACACCCCAGGCUCCUACCACUGCUCAUGCACAGCUGGCUUCUCCCUUUCAUUUGAUGGCAAGAACUGUGAAGAUGUGAACGAAUGUGACAAACAUCCAUGUAGCCAGGAGUGCGCCAACAUCUACGGCUCUUAUCAGUGCUACUGUCGUCAAGGUUACCACCUGAAGGAGGAUGGACACACCUGUGAAGACAUUGAUGAGUGCUCUCAGAGCAUUGGGAACAUCUGUUCCUUCAAGUGUGUCAAUGUUGAAGGCAGCUAUCAGUGCUCCUGUCCUCCUCAUGGAUACACCAUGUCGGCCAAUGGACGCACCUGCAGAGAUAUUGAUGAAUGCACAACUGGUACCCACAACUGCUCAUAUGCACAGACCUGCUAUAACCUGCAGGGAGGCUUCAAAUGUCUCUCCUUUGACUGUCCUCACAAUUACAAGAAGGUGUCAGACACCCGCUGUGAGCGAACCAGCUGUCCCAGCAACUCCUUGGACUGCCAGAAAUCCCCUGUUCGGAUCACGUACUACCAGCUCAGCUUCCAGACCAACAUCAUCAUCCCAGCCCAGAUCUUCCGGAUCGGACCGUCGCCCGCUUACUCCGGGGACCACGUUGUCAUCAGCGUCACCAAGGGCAACGAGGAGGGCUACUUCAGCACCAGGAAGCUGAACAGCUUCAUGGGUGCCGUGUACCUGCAGAGACAAGUGCGCGAGCCCAGAGACUUCCUCAUAGAGGUGGAGAUGAAGCUGCUGAGGCAGGGAACGGUCACCUCAUUCAUCGCCAGGAUAUACGUCUUCAUCACAAGCAGCACCAUGUAACAGCAAAAUGAAAAGGAGACUAUUUCGUAUGGUGCCAACUUUUUUAUAUAUAUAUAUAUAUGUACAAACCCUUUGUGUAAUGCCUCCUCAUAUUCAAACCUUUUCAAGUAUCUUGUAAAACAAUUUUGUUUCUAUGCCACAGUGUUGUCAGUAUCUGCUUAUGCUCCACAUUCAUAUAGGCGGUGGAGAGGUGCUGCACUGAUUAAUCUGACUGAUUAAUCACGUAGUUGUUUGAUCCAUAAGAUGUCAUCAAUUGGUGGCGAGAAAUCUUCCCAAACCUCAAAAUGACGAUGUCCUCAAAUGAUUUGUUUUGACCACAUAACAAAGAUAAUCAGUUUAGUGUCACAGAGGAGCAAAGAAAGCAGAACAUGAAAGUGACAACACUCAAAACUGAUUAUUUGAUGAUCAAAGUAUGAUGACUUAAUUCCGUGACUAAUUCAUUAAUCAAUUCUGCUCUGCUCUGGUUGAAUCUCUGUGAUGAUAAUUCCAUAAAGUCUGCAGAUAUAUUAGUAAACAGUAUAAGCAGCACUACAAGUUAAGGGCACUUGUCAUGUUGAGGCCUGAAACUGACAAAAUGUAUUGAACUUUUAUUUCAGAAUUCUUUCCAGUUAAAAAAUUUGAAUCUAAAAGAAGUAAAUGUUAAUGAUCGUUUAUGUUUAUCUUACCAAAAAUGUUAUUUUUUCUUUUAUUUUGUGCUUGGUUUGUUUCAGUCUUUUGUUGUUGCUUUUUGUUUGUGUAUUAUUUGCCAAAAAUGUAUCGGACUUCCCUGAAAAAUAUAAUGUUUAUAAGAUAACGAAAAAAAUGUCCAUAUUGUUUAUGUCCAGGCUAUGAAUAACAACAAUAAUGUUUUUAAAAGUUCCACUUUACUUUGAAUUAAAUAAAAACUGUCACACUUUGUUUCACCAAAUAAUCCUAGAUUAAAAGUAGAGUGUAAAUCUCCAUUUUUACAUUCCAUUUUAAAGUAUUUAAAGUACCAACAGUAUUAGUUAUUGAUGUAAUCUGUUACAUUUUUGAUUUGUCUUGGGCCUCAGCGAUCUCCAUUUGUAGUGUGGUCACAAAAAUGAUCCUUAGGACAGAAUGUUUUGUUCAGCAUUUGGUGUAUAUUAUUAUUAUUAUUAUUAUUAUUAUUAUUAUUAUUAUUAUCACUAAGAUUAUUUUGGUUCUAUGAUGUGAUCUGAAGAAAUAGAAGUGCUGAAUGGUCAGUCCACAUCACACCAUAGAAGACAUUCAUGUAUGUUAUUUUCAGCACUGAGAACAUCGAUGUAGUGAUACUGAUGAUCAUUUUCAUUGUUACGUGUCAUAUUCUUUCCUUUAUUACUGGACAUGUUGUGUCUCUUUGUAUGUUACUGUGUUGUAAUUCUCUCAGGGUAAAGAUCAUGCAUCUUGUGUUUUUUCCAGACUAAUUCCUGUGUUGUAUGUAGGAAUAAACUCUGUUAUAACCUUUGA